AUGGCGCCGCGAAAGCGCAGAAAACAUCAGCAAGGUAUAGUCUCUCCCGAGAGCUCCCCCGGAGACUAUCCGCCGAAGAGAAUCAAAUUGAGAACCCAUCGCGACCUCGAGGCUUGGGAGUCUUGGGAAUAUCCCCCAGAGUUUUGGGACGGAUUGUCAAAGAUUGAGCCGACGCAUCGAGCUUUGAAAGAGUUUGAUCGCCGCACGAGGAUUCCGCGCCUUCGCUCCUGUACAGCUGCCUCGAACCGACCCGACGAGCACGCCGCAUCCACGACCACUAGCUACCAGGACCUUUCACGAUUCGCGAGACACGGCGGACCAGACUUGUCUGACCUGCGAGGAGUGGGUAUACCUAUAUGCACAGUCCAUCCAAUUCUGACGAUGACUUCAGACCUCCCUCCCACGACACUCUAUUCUUCGCCCGUCGUCAUGAGUUCCGCAAAAUCCUCCAGUUGCGGCAGCAGCAGAUCCGCAGACCCAACUUCUACCCGACCCACAUCGGUUACGGCGAAAUCCAAGAAGUCUACGCCCUACAGUCGCGACUUUGAUCAGCAUCUGACAGAUCAUGAUGUAUACCCUUUGUACUCGUCGGAGGAGCCAGAUUUAGACAACAUCAUCUCCGAUGGGAUCACUGCGCCAGCUAAGCCAGACACCUACUAUGGAGCAUAUCCCGAGGAUUUGUCCCGGCCUGUUCGCAAUGAGCUUGGCCAUCAUGUAAUCCCACCGUCAAUGCACGACAAGCUCAUGGCCCCGAAUGUCUUCUUCGAAGUAAAAGAACCGGAUGGCAGCGCGGCUGUCGCAACACGACAAGCUCGCUACGAUGGUGCAUUUGGGUCUCGCGCUAUGCACAGCCUGCAAAACUACAGAGAACAACCAGACUACGAUGGACGGGCCUAUACCCUCAGUUCGACGUACCAUGAUGGCACCCUCAAGAUGAACGCGAGCGAUCUAGCGAAGCAGCACCGCGACAACUUUAUCAAGGCUGCAACCGUCGCAGCUUCGAAGGAAGCCUUCACAGCAACGCAAAACGACCUCAUACCCCCAGUUCACUAUGAUAUUGGUGAAAGUUCAGACGACUUUGUGGAUUGCGCCAACUCCCCUUCGUUGCAAGGUCAUAGCGAUUCAUCUACUAUGGUUUCAGACAAGAACAAUUGUAGCCAGCCAUCUGCGCUGCCUCGCCUCGUCGACGCGGCAAGCGAUCCAGCGUCAGACGUCGCAUCAAUCAUCAGUGCCAAGGACAUAAAACGGCCGAGGCAGUUGCCAAGCCCUGCUCCAAAAUCCAUCUCCCAAAGUCAUCCAUCCAAGAGUCGACACCCACCUGGGACUGCCAGACGAAGACGUGACCUAAUGGUUGCGAAUCUAUCCCCUGCGGAUCUCGUCAAGCAAUCGCAGCCGGGCGUUUCUACUUUCGUUGGCAAGGUGCUGAUCAGCAUACCGCCUGGACAAAGGACUUAG